ACCCAAAAAUGAAAAGUAUUAAAACCAAAAAAUCUCUUUUGCAAAGGACAUAUUAGUCAAUUGCCAACUGGUCUGCGUUCUCAAAUAUUACCAUAUAAAACCUCCAUUCUCUCUGUCCCUCUCUCUCUCUCUCUCUCAUAGUAUCAUAUAAGAGUUCUCAUAUUCUCAAUCUUAUUACAAGCUUGUGCCUGCUUCUUUGUUCCCUAGGUUCGUACCUUACAUUGCUGCUAUUGACACAAGGGUGUGUUGUUUUGUUUUUAUCGUUGAGAAGUAAUUAAGGUACGUACAAAUGGGUAAGAAGCUUGAUGCUCUCCUUGGUAGAACCUUCAAGGUAUCAAAGUUCAAGGCUAUUGUUAACCUUGCCAUCUCACGCCUAGCUGUUCUCAAGAACCAGCGCCAGGCUCGCCUUAGACAUGCCCGUUCUGAUGUCCUUGAACUCCUCCAACUUGGCCACCAAGAACGUGCUUCACUUCGAGUUGAGCAUGUGAUCAAGGAUCAGAACAUGUUGGAUGUGUAUGGCAGGAUUGAAGGAUACUUCAACCUCUUGAUCGAAAGGGUCCACCUCAUUGAGCAAGAGAGAGAAUGUCCCGAGGAACUGAAGGAGGCAGCAUCGGGAUUGCUCUAUGCAGCUUCAAGGUGUGGAGAUUUUCCUGAGAUUCAACAGAUUCGUGUAAUUUUGACAUCACGGUUUGGCAAGGAGUUUGCUGCUCGAUCUAUUGAGUUGAGGAACAACUGUGGAGUCCAUCCUCAGAUGAUACAGAAAUUGUCAACAAAGAUGCCAAGCCUGGAAAGCAGAAUGAAGGUACUCAAAGACAUUGCUUCUGAGAAUGGUAUUGUUCUGCAGCUCGAAGAAACUUCUGUUUCGGUUGAGGAACAAUCCAGUGUAGAAAAGCAAAACCAACAUGAACCUGAGAAGAAGGAAGAGAAUGUAAGCAUUUUGCCUAGCAGGGGGAAAGAUGAAAAGUUAAUUGAUUCCUAUAAGGGAAGAAAAACGUACAAGGACGUAGCUGAUGCAGCACAAGCAGCUUUUGAGUCAGCAGAAUAUGCUGCAGCUGCUGCAAGAGCAGCACUGGAACUCUCCCGAUCUGAAUCACAUGAUCCCGAUGAUCAUGAUAGCACAAGACUCCAACCAAGAAAAGUGGAGGAAGGACAUGAUGUGAGACCUCAAAUGGAAGAAAAGGAAAUCCUCAGUGAAACUCAAAGAGAAGAUGAGUUAAAAAAGUCGAAAGACAUUAUAAGUUGCAAUUCAACUGAUGAGGUUUUGAAGGGGGCUACUGCCUUGGUGGAUGGUGAAAUUGAGGCUGAUCCUUUGGAAAAGGAAGUGAUUUUCGAUGAUAGUGAUGAUGAGAAUGAUAAUAAACAGAAUAUAAAUCAAUCUUCUAAGCAGACAUCUUCAGGGUAUGGUGCUGGUAUAGUAGUAAAUACAGUGCCAGGAUCCAAGAUGCAGAAUGCGCCUCAGUUGGAUUUGCAGAAGAGGCCUAUUUCAGUGAGGACUAGAUGAAUGAAAAAUCACUGAGUAUGAGUGGCAUCUAUCGAAGUUUCGCUUGGUUCUUUAAAUUUUGUCUUAUGGAUUUGCCAUCAGAAUGUCAAUAUGUUUUUUCAUUAUUUAAAUGAUUAAUUGGAUUAGUUGGAUGUAAAAAUAGUGUCAGGGAUUCUCCUCUUUAUGCAAUCACAACAUAAAAGUAGGCACCCUCCAGACAUGGACAUGGGAAACAGAUUGAUAUUUGAUCAAACACAGAAAUAUGACUGCAGAAGAAACCUUAAUAAACAUAAUGGAGAUUCGAAUCAUGAA